AUGGCAGGAAAGAACUUGGUUCCUGUGGUUGUCGGGGUAGGGGACAUAAAAAACGAAUCAAGGAGGCUCGAAGAUGCAGUUGAACCAGCAUAUCUGAUGAUCGAUGCCAUUUACAAGGCAAUUUCUGACACUGGACUUUCCCCCGAUACCUGUAUGAAGCUUCAGUCAUGUAUUGACAGCGUGGAUGUUGUUGCUACUUGGACGUGGCCUUAUUCGGAUCUCCCUACUCUUCUAUCAGAUAAACUGAAUAUACAAACCCGUCACAAGUUAUAUAGUCAUCAUGCAGGCAAUGCACCUGCUAAAUUGUUUGAUGACGCUGCUCGACGAUUGGCCCAGGGCAAGAGUCAGAUAGCAGUAGUGACUGGAGGAGAAGCCCUGGCAUCGUUGAAUGCAUUCGCUCGAGCAGGGAAGCCUCCACCAUCACAUUGGACGGAGCCGGCUCAAAAAGUGUCCGAAGUAUUCCAGCCAAAGGGAUCAGGUAAUGAAGAAAACGUUGGAACGAUGCACUCUGUGGGGUUACCUUUGCAUGUCUAUCCGCUAUACGAAAAUGGACUCAGAGCAUACCGCAAACAAUCGUUACGAGAAAACAUGAAAGAAUCAGCGAAAUUAUAUGCCGAGUUCUCAAAAGUUGCAGAAAAAAAUCCCCUUUCGUGGAAUUUCGGAAAACCGGCAGAGACCGAGCAAUCGCUUAGCACAGUCACAGGGAAGAAUAGGAUGAUUUGCUACCCAUAUCCACUGCUGAUGAAUGCCUUCAACACGGUAAAUUUGGCAGCAGCUUGCAUUUUGACCACAACUCAGACAGCUCGGCAGCUUGGAAUCUCGGAAGACAAAUGGGUCUACCCCUUGGGGGGUGCCGGUACUCAAGAUAGCAACAACUUUUGGGAACGGCCAAACUUCUACAGUAGUCCGUCGAUAUCGAGGUCAUUGGACGCAGCUUUGUCCUCCUCCGGGCUGAGUAAAGAACAAGUCCACCUAUUUGACUUCUAUUCAUGCUUCCCGAUUGUUCCAAAGCUUGCAGCUAUCCACUUGGGCUUUCCUAGCGAUGGCUCGAAACCAUUAACUCUUCUUGGUGGACUCACUUCCUUUGGGGGAGCAGGCAAUAACUAUUCUAUGCAUGCUAUCACUGAGAUGGUGCGGCAACUCAGAAAAUAUACAGGAACUCCUAGACAUGGUCUGAUACUCGCAAAUGGCGGUUUAUUGAGUUAUCAACAUGCUAUCUGCCUCUCAUCCUGCUCCAGGAAAGAUGGGUUGUCAUAUCCAGUCAAAAAUCCUCUUCCUGAGCUUGUGACAGACAUCGUAAUUCCGGGUAUCGAUGUUCAAGCAGAAGGCGAGGCGGUCAUCGAGACUUAUACUGUUGAGUUUAAUCGAGAUGGAAAACCUAUGUUCGCAUACAUUGUUGGGCUUUUGAAAACCACCGGCCGAAGGUUUGUUGCGAACCAUGCUGAUGAUGCUACUUUGAAAGAAUUAUCAGAUCCGGGAAAAGAGCCUAUUGGGAGAUCUGGGUACGUAACUACUGAUACUACUGAGGGCGGAAAAAAUAAAUUUUCCUUAAAAUUACCUACAAAGCUCUGA